UUAUUUUCUAUUUCUUAAUAAAAUUGUUACAUUUGGAACAAGUGCUACAAAGAAAUUAUGAAUUUUUACACCGGGUGCAUCACCGCAGGAUUAAAAGAGGGCGAAAGUUUUUUCAAAGAGCCAGAAAGUCACUGGCACAACAAGCGAACAUUGAUGCUAGCAUUAGCAUUUCAGGCAGGACAGCAGAUGUCACCAGACCGUCGUGUGUGGGUGAAAAUAUCAUCCUCAAAGAGAGGAUUUUUGGAAUAUAAUAUAACAAUACACAAUUACAGUGACGCUGAUUGGGUUAAGCCAAAGUCCCUUUAAGAUAAGUCAUUUCACUCGGCUGCCAUCUUUGAAACGCCUCUCGGGCAUUCAAGUGCAGAAGUCUUUGAAUGGGGAAACAUCAAAUUCUCCAAAGCUGUUUGCCAUGCUUUCGAUUAAAUUUCAUAUUUGAAAUCACCAAUGAAAUCUGACAACAGCUGUCUUAAAAUUUUGUUUCUAAACGCUCGAAUCAUGACAAAAAAACGGCAUUUUUCAGGCUAGAUCAAGCUAAUGCGCAUGCGCAGUCCUAAAUGCGCGUCUCGCGUCUCAUUUCGGAGGCGCGAGUCUGACUGUUUCUAUAGGAACCGGAGCUUCUAACGGCUGCUGCAGUGAUGCGAUGAUUUUACCAAUCGGCGAUUGGCUCUUAUUUAGAAGGCGGGACUUAUUCCGCCAUAUUGCGCGUUGCACUUUCUCCCAUUCAAAACAAUAAGAGUGUCACGUAUUGUGUUAUUCUAUCUUGGUUAAGCAUUUACCGUAUCUAAAAGAAAUCUGCCUCUUCAAAGGAAGAUUACAAACGGAGACUUCACGAUGUGAGUACAGGGCACUUUUACUUCACGGUCUCUUCUUGGUAUACGUUUUUUUUUAAUUUGCCUAAAACAAUAUAAAGUGAGGUCUAUAUUGUGUCUCCCGCUUUUGAUUCUCGCGCCGCCUGAGCUGACAGGCGUGCUUUUGGUUGUCAUGACAAUGACGUAGUUUAGUGCGGCACAAGCUCGCGUUCAUUUACACCCAAAACAGUAUUAGAGUCGCCUUUAAUACUAGGGGCUGAGGUGGGUCAGACCCGGCGUAUUUUAGGUCUGCUUUUAUGCGGCGUUGCGUCUUUACACAGAAUUUUGAGCAGGUACAGACCCGGCUUAACUCAGCUGUGUAAAGACGCCUCGAGAUAUAUUUAUAGCACCACCAAGCUGUCAUUUUGCUAAGACGGAACAGUCUGAAACAAGUUGAGCUGUCCGAGGUUCUGAAAUGAACCACACACAAUUGACUGUGAGCAAUUGCGCGUGUAUUUGAUUACGGGAAACGUUUUUAACUGUGAUAUGUAAGAUGACUCAAACGUGAUAUCUAGUGAUGGGGUCCGUAAGAAAUCUGUAUUUGACUCAUCUUAACGAUUCCGUAAGAAUACAUUCCCAACCCUAAUGAUAGCAGAAGCACAUCCGUUAUUUUGAUUGAAUAUUCCGCUUCCCAUUUGCAGCCCACAGUGAAAGCCAGGGAUUGGGAGAGAGGCUGAGAGGGCGUGUGUAUGUGACUGUGUGUGUGUGUGGUUUACCGUGUGACAGACCCCCUCCCUUUCUUCACCCCUUACCAGCACAAACAGCAGUGUGAUAUUUACAUUAGAAACGACAUUUACUUCAUCUUCACCCUGCUAAUUCACAAUAUUCAUCAGCUUUUUGAGAAGCAUCUAAGAAAUAAGACGCUGAUCUGUUGUUUUUCAUUCUGGCGAGGACCAAAGCAAGGAAUCGUUCAUCAUCCUGUCGCUUGUGACAUCGGGAAUCGCAGGAUUAUGAUAUUUUCCUGAAUGUUUUGUGUCGUGGGAGAUUUAAGGGCUGGGAUCUAUGAGGCCCUUUGGAAGCUGAAGACCCACUUUGAAAACAGCCUUUGUAUUGUUUUGAGUAACCGAGUGAAAAAAAAAAAAAAAACAUAAUUUAUGAGAUAUGUCCUCUUGAUAAAUUUAAAAUAGACCGGAUUUGGAGAUCAACUUCAGCCCGCAGUGAUGCUUCAGUGUCUGGACUGACUUUUAAUACGCGCACUCAGACGGAAAUGGAAACCUGGACAUUUUAAAUCAUUGAUCACUUGGAAGAGCAGAUUCAUAAACAUAGACUAGCAACCAUAGCAUAGCUUAAGCUGACACCCAGAUGUAAAAGUGAUCGAGGUUUCCUGGGCUUCCCUGAUCUAAGGGAUUAGUUGUAUUUAUUAUAACAGAAGAACAGUCUUCGGAGAGUCCAUCAUGCCCACCUCUCGGUCCGGCGCGUGCACGGUGGAAUACUGGGUCGAUGGAUCGCGCCGAGAUGCGACAGUGGAGGAUUUCUAUAACAUGGGCCCAGAAUUAGGCAGGGGUGCCACUUCUGUUGUGUUUCGCUGUGAAGAGAAGCAGACUGAGAAACCUUAUGCUGCGAAGGUAUUGAAGAAAACUAUUGACAAGAAAAUUGUGAGGACUGAGAUUGGAGUCCUGCUGCGUCUGUCCCAUCCAAAUAUUAUUCGUUUGAAGGAAAUCUUUGAGACAGAGACAGAGAUCUUUCUCAUCCUAGAGCUGGUCACAGGUGGAGAGCUCUUUGACAGGAUUGUGGAGAGGGGCUACUACAGUGAGCGAGAUGCAGCUCACGUUAUCAAACAGAUUCUGGAGGCUGUGGCGUACUUACAUGAGAAUGGAGUUGUUCACAGAGACCUCAAACCAGAAAAUCUCCUCUAUGCUGACUUGUCAAUAGACGCACCUCUUAAGAUUGCGGACUUUGGCCUUUCUAAAAUAAUUGAUGAGCAAGUGACGAUGAAGACAGUAUGUGGGACCCCCGGCUACUGCGCUCCUGAGAUCCUCAGAGGAAACGCUUAUGGUCCUGAGGUUGACAUGUGGUCCGUGGGAGUCAUCCUUUAUAUUUUGCUGUGUGGGUUUGAACCAUUUUUUGAUCCAAGGGGGGACCAGUACAUGUACAGUCGCAUUUUGAAUUGUGAUUAUGAGUUUGUCUCCCCCUGGUGGGAUGAAGUCUCUCUCAAUGCAAAGGAUCUGGUUAGUAAGCUCAUAGUGUUGGACCCUCAUAAACGUCUCACCGUGAAACAGGCUCUGGAACACCCAUGGGUGCUUGGAAAAGCAGCACGAUUCUCCCACAUGGACACAACACAAAGGAAACUACAGGAAUUUAAUGCUCGCCGCAAAUUAAAGGCUGCUAUGAAAGCUGUAGUUGCCACAAGCCGCAUGCACGAGGGCUCACGACGGCGGACGGACAGCUGCGAGAUGCCCAACACAGAAAAGACCUCGCGCCAGAGCAACAUACAGAAGGAAAACACCUUGGAUUCUCAAAGGGAGCCCAUUCCCAUUAAAGAGGGAUUUAAGCAGGUUGAGGAUGGGGCUCAGAGUCCCUCAAGUACCCCGCUCCACCCUACACAUAAAUCUAAAUCUUCUGCCCUAUCUGGGCCCAUGCCCACUCGCCCACCCCUAAUAGCAGACGGACACAGGCAGAUCUCUGUCAUACCAAAGGCUCCAGUGGUGCGGCCCAGGGUGCCCAAGAAGAGCUGCUCAGUGGAUCCCGGGGGCAAACAUGAGCCUUUGUCAGUGAGCACCACCCCACCCAGUCCCAAGAACCUCAGUAAUGGUUUCUCAAUGGGUGUUGAGACAGGCGGCAGUACAGCAGAAUGUCAGUAGACUGUAUGAUCUAAAUAUUUGGAUUCUUACGGAAGACGGAGGGCCUCAUGCGAGGAGAAGAGCAGGAGAGACAAUGCUUUAAAAAUACACUGAGAAUUUCUUCUUCUACUCUUCCAUUUUUGCCAUGAGAUAUUUUGAUACAGGACUGACACAUGAUGAGCUAUUUGUUUCUUAAAGCUCUUCAUAUGGAGGCAUGUGGCUUUCAUGACAACUUUAGGUUAGUGGCACAGCGAACGUUGUUUUUCUCUUUGCACAAGCAUUGUUAAUAAGAUUGUCUCUCAUCUGAACUGAAAUUCAUCUUUCUCUUCUUUUGCUAUCAUAUGCAAAUGCUCAUACAAUCUUAUUCUAUCUCUAAAGGUAGUGAGGAUCAUGUAUCUGUGAUGUUGUGAUGCUAUAUAUUUGUUUAGGAAUGACUGCUAAAUGACCCUAUAUAUAUAUAUAUAUAUAUAUAUAUAUAAUCUUUAUAUGUCUUUUGCUCCCAUUUUAAUUCACCCCUUUGUAUUAGCAAAGAAAAAAAAAGACUAAAGGAAGGACAUGACAUCAUGCCACAAUCAAGGAUUAUGUUUUCCUCAGCUCUUCUUUGGCAGUUUAUCGACCAUCAAAUCAAAUUGAUGUCCUUCAGGGUUACCACACUGAUGUCAAAGUCCCUUAUUUUCAGUAGUCAUGAUGAAAUACAACAUCCAGCUUCAACAACAUCUGGGAAAGUUUUACUAAAAAAAAAACACCUAAACUGCCACUGUACUAUAUGAAAUCUUCUCUAUGAGGUGGAACAACUAGUACGCUUCAGCAAGACUGUCUACCUCUUCUACUGUACAGGGGCUUCCAACUUCUCAAAUAGGAAAUUCUGUAGUAAUCUACUCUUAGGGUAGAAAGCAUGGAAGAGUAUUUUUCAACGUUGAAUGUCGAAGGGCUGUUUUUGUGAACUUUAUGUAAGCUAAUUUUAUCUGCCUCUAUGAACAUGUAACAGCAUCACAAAAUGUUUCAGUAUAUAAUAUAGCUGCUUGUCAUUCUACUUUAUUUCAAUCUUUGCCAAAAAAAAAAAGAAGAAAAAAAUGCUUUGUACAAGCUGCUGACAUAAACAGUAGCCUGAUUAGACAUCACUGAAACAUUAUGGCUAUGUAUAAAUAAUAAUAUUUUGAAGUUAAGAUUAAUCACCUAAUAAUUGUGUGUUCAAGUGCAAGCCAGUGUAGAUGCUCUUUAUGUUUGAGCAGGAGUUUCCAUGUUUCCAAGAUUAAUAAAUCAUGCUAUCAGAU